CUUUAUAAAAAGCUAAUCUUAACCAUGCAGGCUUUACUGCCAUUUGGGCUGAUUGGACGAUUUAUUGGCCUUGCUUUAGCUGGAGAUAAUCAUGAUGAUGAUGAGGACUGUUUUUGUGACAGAACUUUUGGAACUGAUAAGGACAACAAUGAAGAUUGUGAUUGUGAAAAUGAUGUUUACAGACCUCCUACCUACACUAAACCUUCAUACGGUCCACUUAUUUAUAGUGGAGGAUCUAUUAAUAAUCCACUAAAGUCAUAUGAGGCUCCAACAUCUUUCCCCUACUCCAAUAAUCCCAGUCGUCCUUUAUCCGAUUCCUAUGGUGCCCCCAAUCCGGGGUCAUUUGAUCCAUUAACCUCAUAUGUUUCCCCUCUAUCCAGCUCUUAUAGUGCUCCUUCUUUCCUUCUUUAUAAACCUAUCUCAGAUUCAUAUAACCCUCCUCAUCGACAGCCAUUACCAACUUAUACUCCACCCUCAACACUACAAUAUAGUCCCUCCUCAGCAGGUUCUGGACAUCCAUCUAGCUCUUACGGUCCACCCUCUUCUAUAUCGCCUUGGAUACCCUUUCACGCAUCCCAUGAAACUCCCAUUACUCAGCCACCAAAUCAAACACAUGAACCUGAUACUCAUGAACAUAUUGGAAAUUAUUCGCCUCCCAAAGCUAAGAAUGGUUGUGUUUGCCGUGAAGAUAAUUAUAAAAAGAAAGAAAAUGGUUGUGAGUGUGAACCUCCUGUCUCCUAUGAAACUGGAAACAGAAUAACUAACUACCAAGCCCCUAUUUUUGUUCAAUUAGUUCAGGAUGGGGACUACAACUACUCGAACUAUCAAAAUCUUCAAACAGAUCUAAACUUAGAAAGACAUACUACUUCACACCCAAACUCAGAUGAAAGCCAUCUUGAUAAUUUUCGAGAAGAUGAUAGCUAUGCUCUGAAUCCUGACUUGCCAUCCAAUCCGUCGGCGUCAGAUGGCUAUACAUAUGAUCAGUCCUCUCUAAGCCAAUCACACGGGCAUUCAUCAGAAACUAAAUUUGAAUUUAACUUCCCGCUUUAUUAUCCGCAGUUUGAUAAUCAGCAGACACCAUCAUCCGGGAAAAAGCAUCCAUCCAAUCCCACCCCAGUUUACUUUUCUACAUCUACAUAUACUUCAGGAAGCAACACAUUUAAAAAAAUUAAUUUCCAAAAAAGAAUAGAAUUACAACUUUCUCUCACCAAACCUUAUUUUUAUAAAUAGUUGCAAUUCAGGUUUUACUCAGAAACCUCUCUUACACCAAAGUCUUGUGGAUUAUGGUUAUGAAUCAGUAUCCCUAAUAUCAAGCCAGAGCAAUGAGGACUACAAAGAACUACCUGGGAACCAUAAACACCAGCAUGAUGAAUAUCAAGAAGAUGUUGGAGUGUAUCAUGAAGACGGUGAGGCUCAUAAAUAUGAACACGAUCCCCAUCAAAUCAUCAAAGAUCCAGAGCCUUCCAAUAUUGGCUUAGGGAAUAACAAGCUUGGAAAUCAGAGAAAAGGAUAUUCCUAUGUUUACUUCUACAGCACCUAGUAAUUCAGUUUUAAUUGUAAAAAACUACUUUUUUAAAAUAUUCACAUUUAAAUAUUCAUUACAUAUUUAAUAUGCUCGGUGUGCUGUCCAGUGUGCUAUCCAGUUUUACCUUAUAUAGUCCAUAUAUGUGUACUGCACUGCUCGGUCUAGGUGCUUAAAAAUCGGCCCGGUACUUGAAAUGAACCCGAGU